AUGAGUGCUGAUCAACCAGCCACGCCCUCGUCGUCCUCGGCGACCUGGCAACCCACCACGAUUUCGACCACGACGGACGGCGAGUCCUCGGCGACCCAAAGCACCGCGAGCGGCGGCGACGCCACCAAUGCCAUCACAUUUGACGAGCCAAAGGGCUUCGUGUACAAACCCCAGAACUACAUUAACAUAGAGUUUGUACUGGCUAGCGGUGUCAAGGUUACGGACGUGACGUGGUUUGUCAACAGCGUCGGACGCGAUCUGCAGAAAGUGGAUGGUUGUGCAGGGUUGGAUUACAAUGACCCCGAAAUGCAGAGCCGAGCACGACAAGCCGUCGAGUGCAAUGUGUCCGGCAUAAUUGAAAGGCUGCGCUCGCAUCUCGGUAAACCCAUGAUCUUCAGCAUCGACUGGACUGCCGGAGACUCGAGGCAGGGCAAUGCAACCUCGCCUGCCUUUUCCAUCGUCAAGACCGAGUCCGAAAUGGCGGACGCCGUGGAAAAGCUCCGGAAGUCGUCGUACGCCAACUCCACAGUGGUGCCGGCCAAAGACGACAGUGUCACCACAGCUGUCACCAGCGGUACCCUGUUCACCGCCCCUGCCCUGCCCACCAGCGGCGGCAACAGCAGCGGCGCAUCCAACGUCUCCACCGUCGGCGCCUCGCACGGCGGACACAGAGGCGGCCUGAGCACCGGCGCCGUCGUCGGCAUCGCGGUGGGCGUCGUCGUCGCCGCGCUGCUCGCCGCCGCGUUGUGCCUCUUCUUCUUCCUGCGCCGGCGCAGGAACAAGACGGCCGUCGCCGCGCGCGAGGAUCAGACGCGCGCCGAGCAGGAGAAGCUCUCGAGCUUCCCCAAGGACGGCGGCGGCGGCGGCGGCGCCAACGCCUCGGACGCGGCCAUCGCGCCGUACCGCGACGAGCACAUUCUCGCGGGGACCGGCAGCGGCAACGCGCGGGGCCUGGACGAGCACGACGAGCACGCGGUGCCGCUGCAGCAGCAGCCGCACGGGAGCCUGGACGGGGAAAGCGGCAGUCGCGCGGCCGAGCAGACGCCCCACGGCGGCGUGUCGCGGCACCUCGUCGAGGACGGCAUGACGGCGGCCGAGAUAAGGAGGCUGGAGGAGGAGGAGGCGCACCUGGACAGUGAGAUUCAGCGUGCGGGCGGAAGACGCUAA